CUAUACAGCAUUGUCGCAGUUCACGGGCUGAAUGAAGACUCUGCCAGUGCUUGGACCGAUGCUGAUACUGGCACCAAUUGGUUGCGAGACUUCCUUCCAAAGCACGUCCGAGUCGCCAGGGUGCUUCUGUACGGAUAUGAAGGCACUGCAUCCUCCUUCCUCUGCGAUGGGCUAGACGCAAUCGUACAGAAAGCCGCGGAAUGGCUUGUGACGGAGCUCUAUGCCGACAGAGUCAUUUGUGCAAGGCAAGGAACGCCCAUCAUUUUCAUCUGUCACGGCUUUGGUGGCAUCAUUGUUAAGAAAAGCUUGACGUAUGCCUCGACAAGGACAGCGCCGAAGGUAUCACAUCUUCGGGAUCACUUCUUGUGCACGCAUGCGAUCCUCUUCUUUGGAACUCCGCACGACAGCACAACCAGGUCAAACUGGACUGCCUUCCAGAGGCGCGGAGAGUCAAAGUCGUUGCGCAAGCGCAUCAAGGGAGAAAGAACAUCUCGUCAACACAAGCAAGACCAUGUUGAUCUGCGUCCAUUGACCGCCGACUUCCAGCCACUGAUGCAGUCAUUUUCACUCUUCUGUUUCUGGGAACAGCUUCCGACAAGCAUCGGCGAGCACGCAACCUAUCUUGUGCCUCGCUCUUCCGCCGUUCUGGAUGCAGAUGGCAUCGAGGUCGCUGGGAUACAUGCCGGGCACUAUGAAAUGACCAAGUUCAGCUCACAGAGCGCUUCCAGUUUUCGGACAGUCAUUGCAGCUUUGGCAAGAUACAGCACUGCCGCCACGCUAGCGAGUCGCGCAGAGCGAGGACGAUCACUAACAGAGAACAGUCAUAUCACAGUACAUGGUAGCUACAAUGCCAACGACAUAAGACGUCACAGCUCUUCCAGCCACAUCUCGGCCAACUCUGUGCCGCUGAGUGGAAAUAUCAAUUAUUAUCCCCCUGAAGAGGCUGCAAUCGACUUUGUGGGUCGUGAGGAAAUGCUCGAGCGAUUGCAGAAGGCGUUCUUCCCAUCAGGAUACGUAGGACAAAGCGAUUUUCGCAAAUCAUUCGUCAUUUAUGGUAUGGGAGGCUCUGGCAAAACACAACUUUCAUCAACUUUUGCACAGCGGAACAAGCACAGAUAUUCGAGUGUGUUUACGAUACAUGCUGCAUCGAAAGAGACUAUCGUCGAGUCGUACUGCUCCAUUGCCACUGUCGGUCAAUUGGAAGCCACUGAGCGUGCAGGCCGCCACUAUCUGGCUCAGAUAUCCCAGCCUUGGCUACUAAUUAUCGACAACGCAGACAAUCCAUCCAUCGACCUAAAGUCUCUGUUCCCUCAGAGCAGUUGGGUGCAUAUCAUCAUCACAACAAGAAACCCGGAUUUUCGCCAGGAAGGCUCACUUGGCGCGCUUGAGUCCAGUGGUAUGACUGAGAUCGAGGCACUUCAGCUCCUUCUCAUAAAGGCCGAUAUCCCCAAACCCUGGGAUCCAAAUACGGUCGAGUCGGCCAACGCAAUCGCAAAAACUCUCGGUUAUCUCGCUCUUGCACUCAUACACGCCGGUAAUUGCAUAUACCGCAAGAUUUGCAAGAUUGGUGACUACUUGAGCCUUCACGCGGUAUCGCGAGAUCAAGUGCGGUAUCGAGUAUCAAACGAGCUGCCUGAAGGCGAGGUAGACACUGUGGGCCGGGUGUACUCUACCUUCGACGUCUCCAUGAGGUAUCUGCAAAAGUAUUAUCCACUGUCGUCUCAUGACAUCGAUGCACUUUUGCGGAUGGCCAGUUUCUAUCAUUUCGACCACAUCCCGGUAGAGAUCUUCACACGAGCUGUUCAGCAUCGGCGCCGGGAGCAGGAGCAGCAAGAAACUGGCAACUGGACCACAAGGUUGUCGCAAGCUAUCAUUUCACGACUGGAGCCACCAAAAGUCCUCCCUGAUUUUCUCAAAGGCGACUUCAGGCGCAUGAACCACUAUCGGGUCACGCAGGCAGUGAGCGCACUCCACUCCUUCUCUCUCGUCACGUUCGACGGUCGCUUCUUCUCUCUUCACCCUUUGGUGCAUGCCUGGAUCAAAGACUCCAUGUCUGAUUCUGAGCAAUCAUUCUGGAGGGCGAUGGCGACGAACACCCUCUUUGAAUCGGUGCAGCUUCCACCACUUGGCGACGCUGAGAUGGAUCGUGCCUUUCACCGCUCAAUCCUCCCGCACAUGGAUAGCUGCAUCAAGCAGGCGACCAAGGCGCCCGGCAUCCACACACUAAGCAACACACAAGUCACACUCGCAAAACUAUUCCAGCCGACCUUGGUCAUGCUGCUUCGACAAGAGAUACUGCGAAGUGCCAAAAGCGGGUACGUAUUUGCCACCCUUGGCCACUUCCAGCAGGCCGUAGAGCACCUCGCGGAUGUGAAGAAUGCGCUUGUAUCCCUUGUAGGCACGCAACAUGACAAGACUCUCACAGCCAUGCUGGCGCUUGCCGGUAUCUUGUGGGGUCUUGGGCGAAUCGACGAGGCGAUUGUCCUACAGAAGCACGUGGUGGAGACCCGAACGAAGGCUCGAGGUACUGGUCACCAAGAAACUUUGCAAGCCAUGGACCACCUCGGGAAGUCUUACUGGCUGCAUGGACAGUACGGCGAAGCCCUGGCACUGCAGCGAGCCACGGUUGAACAGGCUCGCCUGACUCUCGGCAACAAGCAUCCUUUGUAUCUCUCAGCGCUCGACAACCUCGGAGCUACCCUUGGGUCUUGGCACAGGUUUGAGGAGAGUGAAGGCGCCCAUCGCGAGGUGUAUGACGCUCGACGGCAAGAUCUUGGCGAAUCACAUCUCGAGACAAUCGCUUCCCUGGGCUACAUGGCCAUGGCAGUAAUGGACCAAGGGCGGCUGGAAGAGGCCAGUGAGAUGAUCGCGAGAGUACAUUUUCAGCGGCAGGAACAACUCGGCAAGGAGCACCCUUGGACUCUCUGGUCCUUGUGCAACCUGGCCAAGGUCUACUCGAAGAGGGGACACUAUGACGAAGCUGAGAGAAUGCUGGUUUGGGGAAUUGGUGCAGCCGAGCGAAGUCUUGGAAAAGGUCACGUGGGUGUCCUCAUGGGACUUGGGGAACUUGCUCGUCUUUACUCUCGGCAGCAGCGGCCACAGGAAGCAGUCGAUCUUGCGCAGCACAUAGUGGAGCAGCUUGAGAGAGGGCCCGGCGGCCCGAAUCAUCCGGAUUGCGUAUAUGGGCUUUACAAGCUUGCACGACUUCAUGAGAUUCAACAAAGGCCAGCGGACGGAGUCGACGUGUGCAAGUUGGCUUUGGGAAGGUCAAUGGAAAGACUGCCGAGAGAUCUUCCUCUCGUCAGGAAGUUGGAAACGCUGUUGGGUAAGCUGGAAGUUAGAGCUGAAUCAGCGGAUGGGAACUGA